ACAUCGCAGUAUACCAGUUUUGACCGAAACGUCUCCAAGCUCCAUCAAUAUAUCGUCUUCCUCCUCGUCGAACCAAAACAACAGUCUCUCUUAAGUCUUUGCGGUCGAGAAAUUACUACACUCUGCGUUCUCGAGAGCACGAGAAUUUUUGCAGAACCCUAGAGAUCUGGAAUUUUCUGGAUCUGAUCUGUCCGCCAUGGAAGAGAAGAAGGUAGAACCGACGAAGACGAAUGUUAAGAAGGCUAAUCUGUUGGACCACAACUCGAUCAAGCACAUCCUCGACGAGUCCGUCUCCGAUAUCGUAACGAGCCGUGGAUACAAGGAGGAUGUGAGGUUGAGCAACCUCAAACUGUUCUUAGGUGUGAUUAUCAUCGUGGAUGCUCUUGUUGCCCAGUUCUACAACAAAAAAUUCCCUGAGAACAGGAACUUUUUGAUUGGAUGCAUCAUAUUGUAUGUAGUGCUGAAUGCGGUGUUGCAGCUGAUUCUGUACACUAAGGAGAAGAAUGCGAUAUUGUUCACCUAUCCUCUUGAGGGAUCAUUCACCAGCACUGGCUUGGUGGUGUCUUCAAAGCUGCCCAGAUUCUCUGAUCAGUAUACUCUCACCAUCGACAGUGCUGAUCCAAAAUCAAUCUCAGCUGGGAAGUCAGUCCAGCUCACCAAAAGUGUCACCCAAUGGUUCACGAAAGAUGGAGUUCUUGUUGAGGGUUUAUUUUGGAAAGAUGUUGAAGCAUUGAUCAAGGACUAUGCAGAAGACAAAGAACCAAAGAAGAAGAAAUGAUGAUAUUUUGGAGAAAUAUAUGUUCCCAAAACUCCAAAUGUUGCGUUUAGAUAAUUUAAAAUCGAUUGCGACUUUUGUUAGAGAUGAUGAUUCCCGAUAAGAAUAUUUGGGUUUUUCUUAUAACCAAGAUUUUUGAAUUAA